GACCACGUGACCUGUCUGCUUCGCCAGACAGAUCUAGACGGCAAAGCGACUUCAUUUCAUAGCACGAACUGCCUUCGCUCUGUUACCGCCGUUUGUGACCUGUUUUGACGAAUUCUUUAUUUUUUUAGCUAGUCAAGUAUAUACAGAAUAUCUCAACAUGGGUGCAAGGCUUAUUUUGUGUCUUGUAGUGUUUUUAGGAGCGGCUUUCGUCACGGAUCCUGUAUCAAGCAUGAAGCUGAACAGACAAAUCACUUGCAAAUGUGACUACUGCCAGGAAACAAACUCUACCUGUGUCACAAAAGGGGCGUGCCUGACUAUCCUACAGAGGGAUAGUAGCACGGGUGAGGUCAAGAGGGGUCAUGCAUGUACAUACAAUCCCCCAGCGGACCGUCUAGUUUGCGAACCAGGGUAUUCAACGGAAAGACCCCACCAGUUAUAUCACUGCUGUUAUUACAAUAUGUGUAAUGUUGAUACCAAUGUUACAUUACCAAGUGUCCCUCCAACAGAUCCAGCUGAGGGCAAGACAUCUGGUAGAAGUGGAAGGCCUAGUACGGCGGAAGUUGUUGCUAUGAUCGUUAGCCCUGUUCUAGUAAUCUGCCUAGCUACUGUGAGCAUAAUUUACUGCUACCAAAAGCGCAACCCCCAACGCCAGUGCAUUCUCAAUGAUGGAAGUGAGUCACCUGAAGAAGUCCUUAUACCAGCUGGGAAGUCAUUAUGUGACCUGAUAACAAAUGCUGAUAUAUCCACAGGUUCUGGAUCCGGCUUACCCUUGCUGGUUCAGCGGACAGUAGCCAGACAGAUCACUCCAAUAGAGCUGAUAGGAUCAGGUCGCUAUGGCGAUGUGUACAGGGGCCAGUGGAGAGGAGAGGAUGUGGCCGUCAAGAUCUUCUCAUCCAGGGAGGAGUGCUCAUGGUUCAGAGAGGCUCAGAUCUAUCAGACGGUCAUGCUGAGGCAUGAAAACAUUCUAGGUUUUAUUGCAGCUGACAACAAAGACAACGGUGCUUGGACACAGCUAUGGCUGAUUACCGACUACCAUGCCAAUGGCUCUCUUUAUGACUACCUACAAAGGGUGACACUAGACAUGAAAUCAAUGCUGAAGCUCACCAUCUCUAUUGCUAGUGGGCUGGCACAUCUGCACAUGGAGAUUAUUGGUACUCAGGGCAAGCCUGCCAUUGCCCACAGGGAUCUAAAGAGUAGAAACAUCUUGGUAAAGGACAAUGGUACUUGUUGUAUUGCUGACCUUGGUCUCGCAGUGUGCCAUAACUCUGAGCAGGACACUCUUGAUAUUCCUUAUGGCAACCGUGUUGGCACCAGACGCUAUAUGGCACCAGAGUUCCUGGAAGACAGUAACCAAGUGCGUAACUUCUGUGCAUACAAACAUGGUGAUAUCUACGCAUUUGGUCUGGUACUCUGGGAGAUAACUCGAAGAUGUAUAUGCAGUGACAAGUGUGAGGAUUACCAGUUGCCUUACUUUGACAAGAUCUGUGUCGACCCAAGCAUUGAGGAAGUAUGGAAAGUGGUCUGUUUGGAGAAGUACAGGCCUUCCCAUCCCAACUACUGGUUGCAGGAUCAGGUGAUGAUGAGAGUUGCUAAACUCAUGCAGGAGUGUUGGCAUCACAGUCCUGAAGCAAGACUUCCAGCCCUGCGCAUUAAGAAAACUCUGCAGUCACUCUAUACAGAAGAGUGCUCAGAUCACUGUGUCAAAGCAUAACCGAGAAAAGGCUAUCAGCUGUAUGGGUCAUGGUGGAGCCUCGAAGGGCUGUGUGAAUGUCAUCCCCUGAAACCUAGGGGCAAUGGAGCUGCAACAAAUCAUAACGGAGAAAAAGCUAUCCGCUGUUUGGGUCAUGGUGGAGCCUCGAAGUGCUGUGCGAAAUUCCUCCCCUAAAACCUAGGGGCAAAGGAACUGCAACAAAUCAUAACUGAGAAAAGGCUAUAAGCUGUUUGGGUCAUUGUGGAGCCUCGAAAAACUGGGUGAAAGUCAUCCCCUGAAACCUAGGGGCAAAGGAACUGCAACAAAUCAUAACUGAGUAAAGGCUAUUAGCUGUAUGCGUCAUGGUAGAACAUUGAAGUGAUGUGUGAAAGUCAUCCCCUGAAACCUAGGGGCAAUGGAGCUGCAACAAAUCAUAACUGAGAAAAGAUUGGCACCAACAAAGGAGGUCAUCAGUGCCAAUCAAAGUAAAUACUACCCCCUCCCCCUUCCCGGCAAGAGCUUGCCCCGGGGGCAGAGAUCUUCUUGUGUCACCCUUUCACUUUGCUCCACUGAUAUGGGGUAAAGUAUACAAGUGACACAGAAAGCUUUGUUAAGGAGAGUAGGUAAAUACAUUCCAAAAACGAAGUAGCAUUAAUAGGGGUAAGAACAAGAUUACCAAUACCCCUUUUAAAAGAAAAUGUAAAAAAAAACUUCUGAUCAUUAUGUGAUUUCUUUGUGAAACCCUAGUAUUUACCAAGAAAUCAUAUAAUGAUUACUUGCAUAUCGUCUGUGUUAACUUCAAAAUUAAAAAAUAGAGAAAAGAUGGAAGGAGGAUUACAGUCUUCUAAAGGCGAUUUUUAUCACUUAUACAUAGCUUGAUGAUAUUGUAAAGAACCAGAAACAUGCCAUCAGAAACUUAAGGUGAAUGCACAUUAUUUUUAUCUGUACCAAUCCACCUUUUUUCACAUUUUAUGUAGUGCUUGAUCUUUUUUUAGGCUUCCAUUCCCCUCAAAUUUCUAAUGGUUUGUUGUUUUCUGUUUAUCAGUUUUAGAGUUUUCUGUUUUGAUCAGUUUUUUGUAGAAUGCAAAGUGGGCUACCAUGGCAACCAAAGACAACAGUGUUUGGAGUGUCAGCCUUCUGACUUCCUGUGGUACAAAGUUCACAGUUGUCAAUGACAAACUUUUUAAUAGAUAUGUCCUGAUGCGAUCACAAGAAUUUCUCACCCAUGCUGUCAUCGGAAAGCAUGUUUUUCACACUCUGUUUAGCAGUAUUUUGAUUAACAAGGUGACCCACCUUGCGUUGUCAAAGAUCUUAAGAAAUAAUUUAUCUUUAUAUAAAGACAUAGAAAAUUGUAUAUCAAACAAAUUAAAAUGUUUUUGUUAAA